AUGAUGAGGCCUAUUCUCCCUUAUUCUCUUCCACUUUCUUGUAUCGUUGUAGCGAAGUGUGGUGCUUGGUCAUUGAUGUUAAUAAAGCAUGGAAUAAAUUCUGGGUUUGGUGCAAUUUAUACGUUGGCUUCGUCUCCUGUGUUGAGAAGGCAACAGUUUUUGAUCAGGUCUCUUGGGGAUUACAGCGAUCAGAACACUAACACCCAUCAGAAAAGAAUGCAAGGAAUAAAAUUCACCAGUGGAGCCUCUUUGGAGGCUGAUGCUGAGAACGUUCUGAGAGCAAUCACUCCGACCCUUGAUCCCAAUAGACACAAGGGUCAGGCUGGAAAGAUAGCUGUUAUCGGCGGGUGUCGUGAGUACACUGGUGCUCCAUAUUUUGCAGCUAUCUCAGCAUUAAAAAUUGGUGCAGAUCUAUCCCAUGUUUUUUGUACGAAAGAUGCAGCUUCAGUCAUAAAAAGCUACAGUCCUGAGUUGAUUGUACACCCAGUUUUGGAAGAAUCAUACGGUGUUAGGGAUGAUGAAAAACGUGUCAUCUCGGGAAAGAUUCUUGCUGAAGUUGCUAAAUGGAUGGAAAGAUUUGAUUGUCUAGUCGUUGGUCCAGGCCUGGGAAGGGACCCAUUUCUUCUGGACUGUGUGAGCAAAAUCAUAAAGCUUGCAAGGCAGUCCAAUGUCCCAAUUGUCAUUGAUGGGGAUGGACUCUUUCUUGUUACAAACUCUCUUGAUCUUAUAAGUGGAUAUCCCUUGGCUGUGCUGACCCCAAAUGUAAAUGAAUACAAGCGCCUUGUACAGAAAGUUUUGAGUUGUGAAGUAAAUGAUGAAGAAGCUCAUGAGCAACUACUAUCUCUUGCAAAAAGGAUUGGUGGUGUAACUAUACUUAGGAAAGGAAAAUCUGACUUCAUAAGUGAUGGUGAGACAGUCAAAUCAGUGAGCAUCUAUGGUUCUCCUCGAAGAUGUGGUGGGCAGGGUGAUAUACUUUCUGGAAGUGUCGCUGUAUUUCUAUCUUGGGCCCGUCACGCUAUCAGAGAUGGGGACUCGAGUUUCAGUUCCAAAAACCCCGCAACGUUGGGGUGCAUUGCUGGGUCGGCUUUAAUGAGAAAGGCUGCAUCCCUUGCUUUUGAGAAUAAGAAAAGGUCAACCCUCACUACUGAUAUCAUCGAGUACUUGGGAAGAAGUUUGGAGGAUAUUUGCCCAGUUCGUUGA